CUGCUCCGAACUAAUCUGGCUCCUUUCUUCACCUGGUUCACACUCCAUAUAUACACCUCCGAUCUGUUUAUUCCUUGUGGAAACAUUUUCUGGAUCACGCUCAUGUCUUGUUGUUUCGAUCAUGCUCAUACCUUUUUUUUCUAGAUCAUGCCAUGCUUGUCUCACCUGCCUGUUUAUUGUUUUGGUUCCUGCCUCCUCCUGUGAGUGAGUUUUUGUUUUUUGCUCAUUAAAUCCUUUCUUCACUUACCGUCAUGCUGCCUGAUAGUCUGCAUUCCGGGGUCCUCCAUUUUGCAAGUCCUAAAUGACAUUAAAUUAAAAGUAUAGAUUUGUGGCCAUGUUUUGCAGUGCAAAAUGAGCAGUGUUGUCCUUCAGUCACUCCUGAGAAAGACUUUGCAUAUAAGCUUUUAACUCUCAGCAGCUGCAUUUUGGAUGUUAGUCCACUGGCAUAACCAAGCGCACAUUUAAUACAUUGCUUCAAGCCAUCAGAGUUGGAUCAAAACAAAGCAAUGACAUUUGUCUCAUAAAUAAUUUCAAUAAAAUAAAUAACUUCUAUGACAAAGUCUAAAUAAUUAACGUUUGAUUUGAACUUCUUUGUUGAAUCCAAAGCCUAGUUUCGGAAAAUCUGAUGUUCUCCUGCACCUAUUUGUGGGCCUGCUAUAAAUAGGACCCUGCUGGCAACACAUGCAUGUCUAUGAUAGGCGGUUACAGAUUUUCCUCACACACUCCGGCACCAAAGCAACACCGACAACAUCUCAAUGGUCCUCCAUAUGAAGAGGGUGCUUUUACCUCACUAGGAUACUUUUUCAUGGACAGCUUGGUUAAUUUUGAGUCCCCUUUUUUUCCUCCUCCUCCUUUAAUUUUUUCAACCACAAGUUUAUAUAUCUGGGAUUUUCUCUCUCCAUUUACAUUUUUGUGAAUUGCCUUAGUGGACAAUGACUUCCAGGAGGCCAAUGACUCGCUCAUUUUCUGGCAAUGGGAGAACCAGCAGCUUUGGCGAAGACGAGGGCGGCUCUUCCAAUGGCCGCUCCGAGAGCCGCAAUACUUAUCUGUCCAAUGUUAGGCCUGAAAACAGCUAUUCAAGGUAUUCUCACUACAGACCAGCGAGGAGCACGUUGUGCAGCGUCAUGGCUCAGCUGACCGAGGAUGUGCAGCCAUCUUUUGAGACCACGCUGAAAUCCAAGGCCGUGUCAGAAAACUGUAAUGUGAAGUUCACCUGCGUCAUCUCAGGAUACCCAGCUCCAGAACUGAAAUGGUAUAAAGACGACAUGGAAAUGGACCGGUACUGUGGACUCCCAAAAUAUGAAAUCCACCGAAAUGGAAAAACUCACACUCUUCAUAUUUACAACUGCACAUUGGAUGAUGCAGCGAUCUACCAGGUCUCAGCCAGCAACAGCAAAGGUAUUGUCUCCUGCUCUGGAGUUUUGGAAGUCGGUACCAUGAAUGAGUACAAGAUCCACCAGCGAUUCUUUGCUAAGCUUAAGCAGAAAGCAGAGAAGAAGAAAAGGGACAUUGAGGAGAAAGGCAAGAAGGACAAUAAAGAAAACAUUCAGAAAGAAGAGCAGCGGAGUAGCCCUGAGCAUUCAUACAGGAAACGCUCUGUGCCGCCACUGGAUGAGAAGCCAGUGGUCAACAACUCUGCAGCAGCGGGGCAGCCAGGAGAUGCUGCAGAAUCAAAAGCCGUUAGCUCAGGAAACAAAGACGCAGGAGAAAUGACUCUUGUAAACAGUUCUUUGGAGAAUGAAGAGUCCGAAGAAACACUGGCUAAAAAGAGGAUAAAGAUGUCAAAUGGUGUAGAUACUGGGGUCAACAGCAGCAUUAGCAGAAGCCAUAUGAUGGGGGUCGGAGGUGAAAAUUCAUACGAUGGAGGAAUUGGUCUAGCACAGUUUUUGUCAGAGACUCUUCAGUCCCAAUCUCCUGAGGAGAAUCAGGAGGAGAAAUGCAAAGACACGGAUGCGGCUACUUUAAGAGAUAAUAAGGAAAACGAUGCGGUGGAGAUACAAAACAAGUUAGAAGAGCAGGACAAAGAAGAAGGCAUACGAGAGAAAACAAGACAAGAUGAAUUAGUAAUAGAAAGAGAAAAGAAAAAAGAAAAACAACCAGAGAUGGCACACACAACAACUCACAGCAAAUUCCAGAGAUCCAUUUCUCUAGAAGUCAAACGUCACAGCAAGGGUCAAAAGGAUCAUGAUCAGCACAACAUUCAGGCCUCCAUCUCCUCCAUGCUGCACUCUGUUAAAGACUUCUUCUUUGGUAAGAGCAAGAAAGACUCUCAUAGUAUUUCACAUGCAGAGAAUGAAGAAGAUUUCGCCCAGUCAACUGGACCUUCUGAGCCUGAACCAGACAUGCCUCCAUCAUUUCAGUUGCAAGUAGAAAAAAAUUCAGAGGAGCCCAACCACAUGGUAGACAAUGUUGUACCAAUGGAAACCAAUAAAGCAGCGGAGCCCUCAGAAAGUGUGGUACAACAGGCAGCAUCAGCAGAACCACUUCAAUUUAACUGUGAAUACCCAGAUGUACUACCAGAUUUUAAGCCACUUCCUGAGACUGUGAAGGAAUCUGCAGGAAAGAGAAUUGGAGAGGCUGUUGAGACUAUAGAAGCCAUGGAGGUAUCUGCAGAGGGAGAGAGCAGCAGUCCAGUGGAAGAAAAGUCAUUGUCUAGGUUUCAAGUUCACACCGAGUGGGUCACGGGGGAGCUGGUGCCUAUCUCCAGCAGUCUAUGGGCGAGAGGCGGGGUACACCCUGGACAGGAUGGAAAGAAAGACUCAGAGAUAGUUUCAGGCAUUAAAGAAGAGCUAACACAACAACAGGAGACAGAUCGCCUGCUUGUUCUUCAAAUGUCUAAUCCUGAGUCUGGAAGUAAUGAUUCUUUAUCUCAGAGAGAUAAAGAACACUCUCCCCUAUCCACCCUUCCUAAGGUAGAAGAUUGCUGCACUCUUCAGAAUGUUAUCUCAGUGAUAGAAAGCCAUAACCUUGGAGCAGCACUUACAGGAACUUUAAAAAAGGAGGUCAGUGUUCAUAAUGUGGACGAUGAAAAGCCUGACAUUAAAGAGGAUCACUCCUCCCACAAGCUACCUAAGGAAGAAAAAGCUAAGGUGAAAUCAAACAAACAACCCUACUUGGAUAUAAACAAAUCGGAGAUUACAAAAAUAUCAGCAUGUUCUCCAAAAGAUAGAUUCGAGCAGUGUGAAUCUGAAAUACCGGAUCAGGUGCUGUCUGCUCUUCCUGCUGCGGUAGAUUACAGUGCAGAGAAAGAUUAUCUAAAAGAAGAGGCCCCACACACUUCACCUAUUCAGAAAAUGAAUGUAGUAUUUCCGCCCCCUGAAGUCCCACAGUGUUUAGAGAUGAGUGACCUAAAUAUUCUAGGUGGACAAGCCCCUGUGGCUGGGGAAAUCACAGACAACCAACAACAUAAAACCUUACCCAAUUCAAACUUUGAGGAGAGGCGUCAGGGGAAAGAGGAAUUCAGUUCUUUCUCACAGAAUGAUAUAGAGAUGAAUUGGUGCAACAGUUUAAAAAAACAAGAGCAAGAGUCUCUACACGUUGAUAAUAAAGAAGUGAGGAAUAAAAGUUUACAGCUAGAGUCAAUAAAGGACACAGGAGUGGAUGAAGAAGAGUUGAACAUUGCACCAAAGACACAUGUAGUAACACAAGACAAUGCAAGUAACAUGAAUGUUCUGGAGGAGCACAGUAAUAUUUCUUAUGGAAAGAGCAGUGAGCAUGGUUGUAACAUGGUUAAUAUUCCCUCAAUCCAAAUAUCUACCACUGAAGACAUCCCAGAUAUUAAACCGUCAAUGCCAGAGAUGAAUCAGAGGGAAGAGUUUAUAAUCCCAACCAUUGAAACAAUGGAGCCUGAUCUGAAAGAGUGCAUUUUGCCACUAAGUAUUUUGGGACUCAACAAACCAGACUCAAAUGAUUUGCAAAAACAGGAUGCAACUCAUGAGUCAAAGACAGGAAUCCAAGAUGAGAAAGUGGCUGAUUUUCCAGGCACUUUCCCCACACAGAGAGGAAUGCAGCAUAAUGAUGACCUCUCAUCUAAAGGGGAGGUAAAGGAAGUUGUUAGAGAAAUGCACGAGCAACAAAGCAGCGAACAGCUCCCUCUCAUUGAAUAUGCUUCAAUUCCUGUUAUAAAUGUUUCACACAGUGACGACCUGGAGAGGAAUGAAUUGGGUAACAGCAGUGGUUGGGGGACAGAAACACCAAAAGAGUCUCACUUUGUGGUUCCGCCAAUAUCUGUCUCGUGUCAUGAAAGCGAAGCUGAGCUUAAACUGUCCAUUCCCACCAAGAGGACAGAAACCGAAACUUCCACUGGCACACGAAAAGGGACAAAGCAGGGUGUGGAUGAAAACCUGAGUGAGAAGUAUGAAAUACCUCAAAGAAAAAAAGACUUAAAGGAAAUCUCUGAAAAGAGUGUAAAAGAGAGCACACUAUUAUUGGGUAAUGAAACUCCAAUACCAAAGGUGGUUGGCAGUACGCCACCUUUAAGUAAACCAGUAGAGGAUAAUGUUGUGCCUGAAUGCUUAAAGCAAAAGUCCUCUAAAGAUGCUAAAAAAGAGAGUUCUGUGUCUGUUGAAGAUUUUCUUAAAAACAGACCAUCUACUGAGAGACUAAGCUCUAAACCCCCAACAUACCCAUCUUUAAGUCCAUCCAGUCUACGCAAAUGUAUGUCCAAAGCAGCUCCAGACUUAGACAAUGAGACUACAGCCAAUGUCCCUGUAAUCUCUGUGGAAGAUCGACAGAGCGACAAAGCAGAGGAAGAUUUCAGUGGGGGGUCAACACCAACGUCAUCCCUCUCCUGUGAGAGCAGUCCGCGUCUUAAGCGUCGGGACAGCCUGACACUGAUACGUUCUGCUACCCCCGAGGAGUUGGCCUCUGGAGCUCGCCGCAAAAUCUUCAUCCCAAAAAGAGAAGAAGAGUUGGAAGGAGCAGUGUUUAGUGUGCUGGAGGGCAAAAAGGAUAGCCCGUAUAUGUCACCAAGCCAGGCUCGCAGAGCUGCAUUGCUACAAGCCUCCACUGGACAGAAAACCCCACCAACGGAGAGGCGCUCUCCACUGAUAAGUCGCAGAAAGGCUACAUUGGAGGUGCCAAAGGUUGUGGAGGAGACUCCUACUACAGAAUCAACCAGCACUAAGGUAGAGGAAAAGACUUCUGGAAAGAAGACAGACCCUUUGAAAGCUCCUCAAGUAAUCCGCAAAAUUAGAGGAGAGCCCUUUCCAGAUGCUUCUGGACACCUGAAGCUGUGGUGCCAGUUCUUCAAUGUGCUCAGUGACUCCACCAUUAAGUGGUUCAAAGAUGAGGAGGAAAUACUAGAGAUAAAGAGAAGUGGUGGGGAUGAAAGCCAAGUAGCUCUGGCAAUCGUGCAUGCAUCCAGCCAAGACUGUGGUGUAUAUGGAUGUACAAUCAGCAAUGAAUACGGGACCGACACAACUGACUUCUUGCUCAGUGAAGAAAUUCUGACUGAAUUCCUACUCAAGGAAGACUUGGAAGUUGGAGAGGAGAUCGAGAUGACGCCACUGCUGUUCACCAAAGGCCUGGCAGACAGCGGCUGCUGGGGUGAGAAGUACUUUGGCCGCAUUUUAACUGAGACUGUCCACAUCGGGGAGGGCUGCACUCACAAAGCUAGCAGGGUAAAGGUCAUCUAUGGCCUGGAUCCUGUCUUUGAGUCCGGAAGCACCUGUAUCAUCAAAGUUCAAAACCCCAUUGCUUACGGGACCAAACCAGAGAGCACCCUGGCGGAGAGAAAUUCGGACAUUUCAAAGCAAGAAUGCAAAGUCCAAGACAUGAUUCGAGAAUACUGUAAAAUAUUUGCAGCUGAAGCAAGAGUAAAUGAAAACUUUGGCUUUUCCUUAGAAGUGAUCCCUCGGUAUCUAAUUCACCGGCCUGCAAACUCUGUGCCAUAUGCCACAGUGGAGGCUGAUCUUAGAGGAGACUUUGGAAAAUAUUGUACCAUAGAUCUCAAAGGCAAGCUGUUUUCUCAAAACAAUUCAGAGCUGGAGCAGAAAUGCUGCACCUUCCAGCACUGGAUCCAUCAGUGGACACACGGCAACUUGCUGGUUACUCAGCUGGAGGGUGUUGAAACAAAGAUUACAAAUGUUAAAGUUGUGACCAAGUCGAAAGGGUUUGUAUCUGCCUCUCUCUACAUACAGAUGUUUCUGAUUGCUUGCUUCAGAAUCAGAAUGCAAAAAGAGAUUUUCCUCCUAUGUUUCAGAUACCAAGGACUAACUGAAUGUGGCUCACCGGAAGUAUUUGACCAGUUUUCGACGCACCAUCAGUGCAACUACUACUGCGGACUUCUUGGGCUUUGGGCACUCAAAACAGAUCUGCAGCAGCCUGCCAAGAUGAAGGGCUCUAGAAGCCCCCUGCUCAACCGAAAGCUGGGCUCCAACAGCCCACACCUGCAGCGAAAAGGGCACAGCCCACAGAUGUCUAGAAAGGCAAACAUUAGCCCAAAGAUAGCCAGAAAGGCUCAAGAAACAGAGGACAGUAACUCAGUUAGGAAUCAAAAGUCUGCAGAAAGUCUUUCUGUUCCUGAACUGAGGUAGGAAAUGAGACUUUCUUUUGAUUCCAGCAUUAAUUAUUUAGCGUUCCGUUUUCUAGUUUCAGGUUUUAAAAAACAAGGACAAGCACCAAAUGUUUUUGCUUAAUCCUGCUUGUCAAUAAAAUGGCAAAUCCCCUAAAGAUCCUAACUUUGAGGAUAUUUUUUCCUGUUGCUCAUAGGUCAAAGGUGCAAAACAGUUAAAUAUUUUACUGUUAAGGAUUUCAAGGAAACUAUUGUAAGCGUUAAAGUAAAUAAUUUUAAAUAGUUUUCUAAAUUUUCGAGUCUUAGCAGCUUAGUGAGUGAAAAACAUUUUGUCUCCCAGCAAAAUCUGCCAAAUCGUUUUAAAGAGAAAUCAGCAUAGAUGUAUUUAAAAUUAAAAGUCUAAGGUGCCUCUGGAUGUGUAUGUAUUAUUACUGAGUGUGUACAUUUGGAUAUAGAUUAUGUAGAGAAAAAAUAUUACACUUUCUUUGCAUUUCAUUUGAAUUCUUUAACCACCAAAGGGAAGUACAUGCUGUGGAAAAGCAGCAUUUCAUUAAAGGUUUCUUUGUGCACUUUGCUUUUGGCUUUAUUCACAAUAAAAAACAUUUUUACUUUCGUCUAUUUAUUACACAGGUCACUAUGUUUUAUCUAUUAAUUCAGGUUAUGUUUUUGUAAGCAGAGCUGCAAAUCAAUACGUUUGAAAGAAACACAAUCCCAGUGAAGGUCCAGAGAAUAAAAUUGCCCUCCACAUUUAUUAGGACUGCAGGGAAAGAUGUGGUCAAGGUGUUAAAAUAAAUAUACCUUUCAUUGUAUAAGCAAUUAAAGAUAAUUAUAUGUCUUUUUACAAAUCAUUAUCUAUUGAUGCCAUAUUUGGACUUAAUCUGUGAACUCUAGUGUAAUAACAGUAGAUAAAGUAACCUCAAAAUAGCAGAAUACAUUUUCUAAAGCAAUUUUAUUCCUAUUAUGUUUUAUCUCAAUUGACAAGAUUUACUAGAAGAAGAGAUAUUUUUUAGAUUUCUUUAUCGUUUUUCAUCAGAAAUUAGAUCAAGAUUUAGCAGAAACCCUACUUUCUCUGUCCUUUUCUCCUGUCUUGUUAGGCGUGCGUGGAUAAAUAGUCACUGUAUAGUAAUCUAAUUGGUUCAGAAAAAUAUUUACUUUACUGACAGACUACAGUCUUUUUUUUAAUAAUUGACAUAAAAUUGAAAUGUUGAGGAAUUUUUGGAAUGGGUUCAGUGCUAAUGAUUAAUGAAGUUUUAAUGAGUAUACACUCGACACUGUUGUUUCUACAUACUGCAUGACAUGAAGUUGCUAUACUUGCAGAAAGAACGACAAAGGAGAAAUGUUUUAAAUGAUACAAAGAUUGUAACAGAAUUUCAGCUGAUGGAUUUUUUUCUUUUUUAAAUAAAUGCAUAAAAUCAAA